AGAAAAUCAUCAAGAAGAUAAAGGAAGCCAAGUACUACUCAAUAAUACUUGAUUGUACCCCUGAUACAAGUCACCAAGAGCAGAUGAGUAUGAUAGUGAGAAAAGGACUAUUUGAUGUCACAAUUGAGGAGUUAAAGUAUCUUGGUCUUGAAAUUGAUGAUAUUCGUGGUCAAGAGAUAAAUGGAUUGAUUGACUACUUCAAGGGUUAUAGAGAAACUGGUUAUUCAAAAGCAAUUGAUGAAGCAAAGGAGAUAGCUGCUGAAAUGGACAUACCUCUGAUAUUUCCAGAAAAGCGUCUGAUUCGAAUGAAAAAAAGAGUCGAUGAGAGUUCAAGUAGCGAAGAAGUUUCAUUUACAAAUGAAGAGAAUUUCAGGGCCAAUUUCUUCUCUUAUGUUGUGGAUAAAGCCAUAUCUUCUUUUGAAAUUAGAUUUGAACAAUUCAAAGACUAUGAGAGAUUAUUUGGGUUUUUGUUUCCACAUCAGUUGAGUGGAAUUGAAGAAAAAGAGCUUAAGUUGUUUUGCCAUCAACUUGAAAAUGCACUCAAGUUUGAAGAAAGAUUGGAUAUUGAUGCUGAAGAGCUUUACAUGGAGUUGAAAUCCUUCAACACAUUACAAACCAUAUUGAUGGAGUUCGGAUUCGGCAUCGUGGGUUCCUCCGGCAUCGGAAUAAGUUCCAAAAUUCUGGUGGAAACCUCUUUGGUCGCCAUGGUUGUGCCGUCCUCACCACUACCCUUCGGGGCAAGUGUGGGGGCCGCGACCAUGACGUCAUUUUCAAUGCCGAGCUCGAUCUUCGGGUCGGCCCCUCGACCCAUUCCCGGGCUCGAAACCACGGGGGAUCACCCCGUCGCAAGAUCCCCCCAGCCCAAUGAAGCCAACGACCCCCUCGUGGCGAUGGUGAACCAAGCAUGGUACCACAACAAUUAUCUCGCCAUCAACAUUAUCCUGGAGGGGUUGGGAGAUUCGCUGUACCCCGUCUACGCCGGUGCAACGCUCGCCAAUGAGCUUUGGAAUAGCUUGAACAAAAAGUAUCAAGCUGAAGAUGCCGGCACAAAGAAGUUCAUCGUCGGGAAGAUGCUGGACUACAAGAUGGUCGUCAUCAAAUCUGUUGUCGCCCAGGCUGAGGAGCUUACGAUAAUCUUCAAUAAGUGCAAUGAAGAAAAAGUAGGCGUCAGCGAGGCCUUCCAAGUGGCGGCCAUCAUCCACAAACUUCCCAGGUCGUGGGAAGACUUCCAAGCCGACCUCAAGCUCAAGAGAACGGAGCUGAACUUGGAGCAACUGCUCACGCAGUUGAGGAUCCGAGAGGAAGGGCUUGCUAGAAGAAAUGGAGGGGCAAAGGCGAAUGUUGUAGAACAUCUGUCGGGCUCCUCACAUGGGGGGAAUGACAAGAAGAAAAUGGGUCCUAAGGGUGGUGUUUCCAAAUUUGCAGGAAAGUGCUACAAUUGUGGCAUUACUGGGCAUCGUUCCUCCGAUUGUAGGAAAAAGAAGCCACAAAAGGGAAAGAAGAAAACCACUGAAGCCAUGUGUGCGGAGCUUGACAAUUUGGACCUCUGCGCGGUUGUCACCGAGGUGAAUCUCGUCGGGUCAAACCCGAGGGAAUGGUUUGUGGACACAGGGGCCACACGUCAUAUUUGCUCCAACCGGAGCAUGUUUCACGAAUUUCAAGAGACCUCCGGUGACAAGCUUUCUUCCCCGAUGCAUUCUAAAGCCUGUACUCCGAUCAUCCUUUCUCAGAGAGAAAUCUUCAACCCUAAAACACCUUCUGCAAAAGUUCGAUCAAUGGAGUCUUCCACGAAGACGUCGUCCAAGGGUGCCGGAGGAAGGAAAGGCGCCGGCGAGAGGAAAAAGUCCGUCAUGAAGUCCAUCAAAGCCGGCCUUCAGUUUCCCGUCGGUCGAAUUGCUCGUUUCCUGAAGAAGGGCCGCUACGCACAGCGAUGUGGAACCGGCGCUCCUGUUUACCUCGCCGCCGUCCUGGAAUACCUUGCCGCCGAGGUUUUGGAAUUGGCGGGAAAUGCGGCUCGCGACAACAAGAAGACUCGGAUCAUCCCCAGGCACGUGCUGUUGGCGAUCAGGAACGACGAAGAAUUGGGGAAGCUGCUGCAGGGAGUCACAAUCGCCAGCGGUGGAGUCCUCCCCAACAUCAACCCGGUCCUUCUUCCCAAGAAGACAUCUGCGGCGUCGGAGGAAAAAGCUUCACAAAAAUCAGCCAAGUCUCCGAAGAAGGCCUAGAAUUCAAGAUCUCUAUUUAAUUUGUUUUGAUGUAAAUCUGCCGUUUGAUGUGGUUUAUGGUCACUGAUCUUUCAUAGCUUUUCGCUUUUUCUUAUUAGCAUCUGGCAAUAUAGUUCGAGCAGUUCACCUUGUUCGCUUCAGGUGUAUUUGUUUUAAUGAAGAUGAAUAUCCAAG